AGAAGUCGUUAGAAUCUGGUAGAUACCCGGAGGAGACAGACGCACAACGAAACUUACGAAGAAGAAGAAGGAUGAUAUACCGAAAGUGGAGUUUGCUUUCCGGUCCACCGGUUAUCCUCGGCGGAGCUGUAGUUGCCGCGAUCGCCGUCGGCAUCGUCUUACAGAACGUUACGAAAGGGGAGCAAAAGAAGAACGUUUCACCAAACAAAUGAGAUCAUGGAUAAUGAGAAGAAGACGCUACACUACACAAGUGUGAGUUGAAACGUUUUUUAGUUCAUGGAGUGUUUGUUGUAAGCUCAAUAAUGCUUUUUGUAAGCUUUUGAACACACAGAUAUCAUUUUGUGUCCGUUUUAAGUUUCUUGUUGCUAAUAAUAAUAAUAAUUCAUUUUGCACA